AAACACUUCCCUUGUGAACGCGAGGUGAAGAUGGCGCGCUGCAGCAUGUGAAGGGGACUCGGCGGCAGCCGGUCGUUCGCUUGAGGAACAUGUAUAAAACAUCAUGUAGUAGACUGACGGGAGUCUGGAAAUGCCUUCCACGUGAUGGUUUGCUUGGUGUUGGUGUGCAGCUGAAGCUCAUUUCAAAUGCGUCUAGGAGUCACAUGAGUGCCAGGAGUCUGAUUCAGCUCUGCAGGAAAAAUCAAGCAGAAUGGAUCACUUUCCAGCAUCUCUGCUUUCUGAAGAGACAGUAUGUGAUGAGCAGCAGCGGUCUCUGCCAGAGAGCGAUACCCAAGCAGGAGUCUGUUACUGCUGUGUUGGAUGAUCGAGAUGAUUCGGUGGUCAGUCAGGUUCAGAAGAUCCCAGCCUUAAAGCCUGAACCAGCAACUAAGGCGCUGCCAAGUGACCCGGCUGAGCCAGAAGCAGCCAGGGCAGCCCGACUAGAGGCCCGGCAGUGGAAGGAGCUGAAAGUUGAAUACAGUGAUUUACCAGGGAUUUACGCAAGACUCGCCAAACUUAAAUUAACAGCUCUUGUGGUUACUACAGCAGCUGCUGGCUAUGCCAUGGCUCCAGUGCCCUUUGACCCUGUCAUUUUUUUGAUGGCUUCAUUCGGAACGUUUCUCUCUUCCUGUACAGCCAAUUCCAUCAAUCAGUACUUUGAGGUGCCCUUUGACUCAAACAUGAAUCGUACCAAAAACAGACCUCUGGUUCGAGGACAGAUCAGCCCUCUGCAUGCCGUGUCAUUCGCCAUGGCGUGUGGGAUCCCAGGUGUGACCCUGUUGACCCUGGGUGUAAAUCCCCUGACUGGCUUCCUGGGCGCCCUGAACAUCUUCCUGUACACGUGCUGCUACACUCCCCUGAAACGCCUCAGCAUCACCAACACCUGGGUGGGCUCCGUGGUGGGUGCCAUCCCACCUGUAAUGGGCUGGACAGCAGCCACCGGCUCACUCGAUCCAGGAGCACUCUUACUAGGAGCUUUCCUGUUCUCCUGGCAGUUUCCUCACUUUAAUGCCCUGAGCUGGAAUCUAAGAGAGGACUAUUCACGCGGCGGCUACCGAAUGAUGUCCGUCACCCAUCCCGGCCUUUGUAAACGCGUGGCCCUCCGCCACAGCGUAGGCCUGAUUGGCCUCUCAGCCUUGGGCCCCGUGUUGGACGUCACCACCUGGACGUUCCCCUUAGUCUCCCUGCCGAUUAACCUUUACAUCAGCUACCUGGCCUUCAGGUUCUAUCGCUAUAGUGACAGGCAGAAUGCCCGCAAGUUGUUCUUCUGUAGUCUCUGGCAUCUGCCCAUGCUGCUGCUGCUGGCCCUCACCUGUAAGAAGAGCCGCGUGCCGCAGGACGAGGCAGCUGUAGCUCCCAGCACGCCAUCUGUGGCUCUUUAGAGCAUAUUCUGUACCCUGCCAUAUUCGUACUGGCUUGAUAAUUGCUGUCAGCCCUAAAAUGAAUUAUCUUUGAGCUAAGACAUCAGUUGUGUAUCUUGGAGAGGAAGUCAUAACCUCUUUCCAUUGUUGUAAAAGUGUCCGUCAGGGAAAAAUAACAAUAUAAAAAUCCCUGAUUUCACUCAGGUAACUUGUACACAAAUCAAUGCUCUGUGUGUGUAAAUACAUGAUAUAUUUAUUUGACGCAGCCCCCUUGUGUCUGCAAACUCAAAGACUGUUUCAAUAGGCAGAUUUGUGUCUAUGUGGAUCAUUGAAAUUAAGUACCACAAGAAAACGCUUUAGAGUUUGCAGUUAACGUCGCCAUUACUGUGGAUAUUUUAGAUGCGAUAUAGGCUGGAUAAUGGAGAACGGUUUGCUUUAAUGCACCUAGCAAGUAAUUUCCAAGUUUGUUCUCUUCUAAUUACUUGCUUAAAUGACGUUUUCACAGAAAGUUUUCACUUUCUGAGUCUGUUAAUAUUUCAUUUCGGCAAUGAAUGAUUCAGUCAAGAAACCGCUGAGUCUCACUGCUAGCCCAGAAGGCUAUAUUCUGCAUGAAACUCCGUCCCUAUGAGUCUGAGUUGGGAUGUUGAAAGGCUGAUCGUUUUGGAGAGCUCUUGGGUAUUGGCUCCAUCAAAGAUCGUUACUAGUCAAAUAAACUUGGUCAGCUCAUUUGAACUCCCCAGAACUGAAUUACUGUUGAUUCAUUGAAUGUCACAGUGCUGAAUAUCACUGCUUUGUUCGUUACUGUUUGCUCUCUUCAAAAAACUACAUUCAGCGCCUUCACAGUUUGACCUGACUGUACCAAUGACUUGUGUAAGACACAAAAAGAAUGAAAGUUCUUAAUAAAAAUGUCUUGUGAUCAAG